AUUAUUAUUAUUAUUAUCACGAUUAUAUUCUUAUUGUUAGUCAUCGGUUCGGUUCAGUUCUCGGUUUCAGUUCGGUUCGGUUCGAUUCGAUUUUAGUUUUUGCAUAAGUUGUUUUUUUUCGCUACAAAUUCUUCGGUUCGUUUUGUUUGGUUUCGACGAAUAUUAGAAAUAUCCAAAAAGAAAAACAAAACAAAAUCAAACAACUCGUACGCAGCAAUCCCAAAAACCAAAAGUGUUUCGUAAUAGUAAUCCCAAAAUAAUUGAAAACAACAACAAAGCAACAAGUUUUAUUUACAUUAUUCAGUUUUAUUUUCAUUGCAUCAAAUUAUAAAGUUAAACUUUCGGACAAAGAAUACCAUACCAGCAUAUUACGUAUACGUAGUGGAUACAGUCUGUACUUAAGCGCACUUUGCCCAGCGCCUAUAACUAGACUAUAGUCUGUCUCUCUCUCUCUUUCUCUGUAGUCAUUAAUUCAACUCGAAUCCAAUCAAUUUUCGUUGAAUUUUCUCAUUUCUGUUUGCCCAUCUCUUGUGCAUCGUGCGUGCGUCGAAAGAUUACUGAAACGCGAAAACAGCAGUAUUAUUUCAAAGAUAACUCUAUAAGCUAUCCAACAAAUAGUCAGAGCGAUGGUUGAGGGUCAGACAGCGGUGCAACAGCAGCAGCAACAGCAGCCAACAGGAGCUGGCACUGGAAGUGGAAGUGGCAGCGGUGGCAAUGCUGCUGGAACUGCAGCUGGAGCAGGUGGCAAUGCUGCCACAACUGGUGGCAAUGUGCCAAAUAGUCAGGCGCAACAAAAUGGUGGCUCUGGUUCGACGUCGACUUCAGCGGCAGCUGCGGCAACUGUUGGCGCUGCCAAUCAAAAUGCAACCGCAGCCAACAACAACAACAACAACAGCAGCAGCAACAACAAUAACAACAACAACAGCAAUAGUAGCAACAACAAUGCGGCAGCCACAAACAACAACAACAAUAAUACAAAUAAUAACAAUAACAAUAACAACAAUAAUAAUAAUAACAACAACAAUAAUAACAACAACAACAACAACAACGAACCGGAUCCCAAGACGAAUUUGAUUGUGAACUAUUUGCCACAGACAAUGUCGCAGGACGAGAUUCGUUCGCUGUUCGUUAGCUUUGGCGAGGUGGAGAGCUGCAAGUUGAUACGCGACAAGGUCACAGGUCAAAGUCUGGGCUACGGCUUCGUCAACUAUGUAAAGCAAGAGGAUGCUGAGAAGGCAAUUAAUGCUUUAAAUGGUCUUCGUUUGCAAAACAAAACCAUAAAGGUCUCCAUUGCGCGUCCCAGCUCAGAGAGCAUCAAGGGCGCCAAUCUCUAUGUAUCGGGUCUUCCAAAGAAUAUGACACAGUCCGAUUUGGAAUCAUUGUUCAGUCCAUACGGCAAGAUCAUCACUUCGCGCAUACUUUGUGAUAAUAUCACUGGUCUCUCCAAGGGCGUUGGCUUCAUACGCUUCGAUCAGCGAUUUGAGGCUGAUCGCGCUAUCAAGGAGCUAAACGGCACCACACCGAAGAAUUCCACCGAACCGAUAACCGUUAAGUUUGCCAACAAUCCCAGCAGCAACAAGACCAGCAUGCAACCCCUCGCCGCCUACAUUGCCCCCCAAAAUCCACGCGGCGGACGCGCCUUUCCAGCCAACGCGGCAGCCGGAGCCGCUGCAGCAGCCGCCGCCGCCGCAAUUCAUCCCAACGCGGGUCGUUACAGUUCUGUGAUCUCACGCUAUUCACCGCUUACCAGUGAUCUAAUUACCAAUGGCAUGAUACAAGGCAACACCAUAACCAGCUCCGGUUGGUGCAUUUUCGUCUACAAUUUGGCACCUGAAACCGAGGAGAAUGUGCUCUGGCAGCUGUUUGGACCAUUUGGCGCCGUGCAGUCUGUUAAGGUCAUAAGGGACUUGCAGAGUAACAAGUGCAAGGGCUUUGGCUUUGUGACCAUGACCAACUACGAGGAGGCUGUGCUCGCCAUCCAGUCGCUGAAUGGCUACACGCUGGGCAAUCGGGUACUUCAAGUUAGCUUCAAGACCAACAAGAAUAAGCAAACGUAAUUAUUAACCAAGUUGGCUGCUGUUGUCAAUGCCAAUGCGGCGGCAGCGGCGCUGGCUGCCAAUAGUUUGGUGCUUAAUCACAACAACAACAACAAUCACAGCAAUCAGAAUUCGUAUCAGAAUCACAACGGCAGCAAUAGCAAUAGCAACAACAGUAACAGCAAGAGCAAGAGCAAUAGCAAUGGCAAUGGCGUUGCCUUUCAGUUUGGCAAAUAUGUAAAUCAACAUAGCAACAGGCAGCACAACAGCAACAAUCACAUCAUCAACAACAACAGCAACGGCAACAUCAGCAAACAGAAGCAGCAACAACAAUCCCAGCAACAGCAGGUUGCAGCAACCAGCAAUAGCAACAACAACAAGCAAUCAGUGUCGCUGUUGUCGUCAGCAAAAGCAACUGCAACAAAUGGCCGAGCAGGCAAAACAGCAAACACAACAAGCAACAGCAGCAACAAGGCGACAACCAGCAGCAAUGGCAACAGCAGCAGCAACCACAGCAAUGGCAACAGCAAUGUCGACUCAUCAUCCAGUUCAGGAGGCGGCAUAUUGAAGACAUCUACAAAAUUCAUCUACAACAAGCCACAAAAUCACUUUGAGCUGCUGCAACAGCAGCUGCAGCUGCAACAGGAAUUUGCCCAGUUUCUCACAAACGUGGCCAACAGUGCAGCCAACAGCAGCAGCGGCGACACCACAGCGAGCGGCUCGAAUGCUCAACGGCAUGGCCACAGCAGCAACAACAACACGUCGACGUCGACAACAACAACAGCCGCUGGCAACAAAAGCAACAACAAUUAUCAGUCCUCUUUUAUGCCCUCCUGGUCCAAUUGGUUCUUGUAAGGAAGGGAAUUGUAUCCUUCAUCUUAUUUAUAAACAUAUAUGAUUUAGUUUGUAAUUGAUUUUCAUAGUUUUGUUCUUUAUUGAAGUUUUUGAAUUUAGUUUUAGUUCUCUUUGAAUUUGUUUCAUUUGCUUUCAACUACACACACUUUUUAUAUCCUUGACUAAUUUUUAUUUUUUUAAUAACUGUAUCUCAGCAAACUCUAGUCGCCUCUAAUAAAGAGCACAGCAGUUACCAAAACCAAAAAAAAAAAAAAAAAAAAAACAAA